GUGAAACAGCAGAAGAGCAGAGUGAAAUCCAAGCACAGUUGUGUGCUGCCUUUUUGCCAACAUGUUGCUGCCUUUUUGGCUUCUUCUCUGCCUUUGCUUUGCCUUUAUCUCUGCAGUGAUGCCUAUGAGUCAUGUUCCUGUACUAAUAUGGUCAACAGAAAGGUCUUUUUUGAAAGUUAAACCAACAGUACAUGGCGGGCACAUCACGUCAGAACAUGAAUUCCACAAGCUGCUUGAUCCAGAAUUUACAGCAACACCAAAGACUAUCAUCCUGUUCCUCCAAGAAACAUUGAGUAUGGAAGACUUCACUUAUUACAGUUCUCUCAGCGGAUCUGAGGGCACAAUGCAUAAUGUGAAGGUAUUAAUGAAUUCCUCACCAUCUUCUUUAGUUAUACCAGCAGUGAACUGGAAAACUAUUCACCAUCUCCCAGGUUACAUUAAAAACCGGGGAAAGUGGAACAUAAUCAGAGCUGAUCAGAACCUCAGUAUAUCAUCUGUGGAGCUGAAGACAGAGAAGUCUAACCUUAUCAUAGUAAAAUUACAGCCAUUACCAAGAUCAAGUAACAUAGCUGCUGCUAAAGCCUUCUCUGAAAAUGAUAAACUCAUUGGAAGGCUUACAAAAGAACUGAUUAAAAGAGACAUUGAUUUUACUGGGAUUUACACAGGAAUGAAACCAUCCAAGGUUUUACAGACUUUUGAGAUGACAGCAAAAAUAGGACGACAGCUCCAAAGCAUUGGUACCACUGCACCAUACCCCCCACUAAAUGUGACAAAUGGAACUGCCACAUGUAUUUUGAUCUAUGCCACUCAAAUACUGAUCACUGCAAAUAAUUCACAGGUUUUUGACUUAACAAAUGUGACAUUUGAGGCUAAAACGGCAAAUACUUCAUUAUCUACUUGUUCUCAAUCCAAUACUACAUUGUCAUUAUUAUAUUCUUCUCCUGGAAAUGGACUUAGAAGCCUUGAAAUAAGGUUUGUGAUGACUAAUCAAUUCUACACUGGCUCUGCUAGAAACUGGUUCAUGUUAGAGUCUAUUGAAAUAAUCCCAGAUGGAGAUGAAUCCAGAAUCGCCACGUUUAAUACUGCAUAUGGCUCAGCACCAGCAGAGUAUUCGUACCACUGUCAGCAAAUAGGAACAAGCUCUGCUUAUGGAGAACAGUUAGUUAGAAGCAACUCACAAGCAGGCAGCUGGAAUAUAUUCAUUUCUGAGUUUCAAAUUCAAGGAUUUAACAUCCAAAAUAAUCUCUUUUCUUAUGCAAGCGACUGUACCUCUUUUUUUACUCCAGCGAUAUGGAUGGGCCUUGUAUCUUCUAUUGUUUUAUUAUGGAUCCUGUCUUAUGGGAUUUUCAUGAUUAUGCAGCUAACAACAAAUGGCAAAUUUGAUGAUCCAAAAGGUCAACAAUUGUCUGUUCCUCAGACAGAAUAACAACCUGUGGGAUGACUUGUGGUUCCUUUCAAUGUUAUUCUAUUGUGGCUAUCCAGCUUUUUAUUCCCGUAGCAAUUCUGUCAAAAGAUAAAUGACAUUCAAUGUCAUUAAUAGUGAAAGAAGACAGGCGGGUAUAUAAAUAAUGCAGUCAUCCUGCUUAAAGUCAAGUCACACAGCUUUCCUCUAGAUAUUCCACUUCAGAUGUCUGUGUCUGUUUUUAUCCAAGCAAAUGCAAGCUUGUAUUAAAUCAUACUUCAAGUGGGUUUUCUUGUAAAAGAGAAAAAACACAUACAAAAUAAUAAAAAAUACCCUUUGUAUCAUGUGGCUAAUAUGUAUGAAACAUUAAACCUGUCUGGCUUUGUUCCAGCUACAGCUGCCUGUAAACUGACAAAUAUUCAUUUUAUUAUGCACUGUAUAUUGCAUAAAGUCCUAUCAGAAAUUGGGAAUUGUUUAUUUAACUGAUCAGAUUAAAGAUAAAUACAUUUAA